CUCUACCUUGCUGGAUAAUCCUGUCCUCAGUGUCACUGAAGACUGACUGCAGAAUGAGACCCUGAGCUCAGGUCUUCCCUCCUGUCUUAUAACCCUCUGGGAUUAAAGACCAUGCCCUGGGAAUGGUAACACCCACAGUGUUUGGCCAUUCCUACAUCAUUAACAGUAUAAACAGUCUCUCAAUACACACUCCCUUCUUAGGUGAGUCUAGGCUGGAUCAAACCAACAGUUGAGCUAAUCAGCAAAGAUGUUCAAGUGUUAAUUUUUCCUUUCUUUCUUCCUCUCUUUCUUUUUUUUAAAUGACAUUACUCAAAAAGACUUUCUUCUUACACAGGCAGAGACUGUCCCUGAGCCCCUGUUCCACAUCCCUAACCUCACUGCAUGUUUCCUUCACAGAUGCUGCUUCUCUUUGCUACAACUUCACUGUUGGCAAGACAGGGUCUGGAUUAUGGUGGCACAAAGUCCAAUGCCAACUGAAUGAAGAGACUUUUCUUUCCUACGAAGGUAACAACUGCCAUGCCAUUGGUGCUCUGGGGAACAGGCUGAAUGUCACACAGUUCUGUGAAAAGCAGGGUGAUGCUCUGAAAGAUGGAAUUGACUUGUUCAAAAACCUAGCACUUGACAUGAAGACUCAUGCAUCCAGAGAUAUGCAGACCAAGAUGUGUUGUUGGCAUGAAGUAGAUGGACAUUUCAACGAAUUCUCUGACUUUUACCUCAACGGACACAAAAUGUUGCGUGUUGACUCAAAAACUGGAAAAUGUACAGAAGUUGAUCCUGGAUCCAGCUGGAUGAAAGAGAUAUUGGAGGAAAACAAGGAUGUAACUAGCUUCUUAAAAAUGACCUUGCAGGGAGACUGCAGGUCCGGGCUUGAGGAGUUGAAGUUGCACUGGGGAAAAAAGCUGGAGCCUACAGCCUCGCCAACUGCUUCUCCAGUUGCCGUCCAGCCUUUCUCCAUGGCCAUAAAGACCAACAUCUCUGUCCUGCUGGUAAUUCUCAUGUGCUUGCUCCUGAAUAUUCUCUCAGGAGCCUUGGAAUUAACAGGUUGAAGAUGCUCCAGAGAAGUCAUAAGGGUUCAUCUGGUUCAGACACUAUCCCUUUCCAUCAGUCUCAACCAGAUGAAUCAGAAUUCUGCGAACACAGCAUUUCAUGGUCUUUUACUCUGUUGUCUUCGUUUACGUCCUUUCUUAUGACCUUGUGCUGUUUGCCUGGUGCUCCCUGGUGGGAUUUGCCCUUAACAUGGAACUACUUGAACUAGAGAUCUGGAAAAGACUAUGGUUAUGUACCCAUUCCUAGCAUAGGAAACAGGGUAACCAGAUCUCCUUAGUGGGUAUGUGUAGUUUUUACUCCUGUGUAUCAUAUCAGUAUUUAAGUAUAUAUGAUACAAAGGAAUACUUCAUAAAUUAAAAGAUAAUAUCUUAAGAUAUUAUUACUAUUAUAUGUUAGUUUCUGUGACAUGCACUAGGUCCAGAAAUGGCCACAUGCACACUGGGGACAGAGAACCCAGAAGCUGCUCAGUCUGACAGGCUGGCUGCUUCUGCAGUGACAAUCUGGCAGUGAAAGGAAGAAGGUCCUGGGAGCUGGUGCUGCCGGGUCCACAUCGUCUUGGUGUAGGUCUGGGUCAGUGUUUCUCUCCACCAUGCUCAGAGAAGCUUCUUCUGCACAUCCAGACCCAGGAUGGAAGGAAAGUGAACUCACACUAGUUUUCUCUGACUGCACAGGGACACUUUGCACAAGUUCACUAGCACUCACACACACAUUACACAUACACACAGUGACAACGUAAGAACUUUAAAGUAUGGAGAAUUCACUGUUGAAAACAAUAUAUAUAUUUUUUUGAGUUAGAACCUAACUAUAUAGCACAACAUGGAAUGGAACUCACUCUGUAGACCAGGCUGUCCUGGAACUCAGAGAUCCACCUGUUCCUACAUCCCCAGCAUUGUGCUUAAAGGUGUGUGCACCACACCUGACUGAUUCUUGGGUUUUGAGCUCUUAUGGUGUGCUACUAAAGUAUUACUAAUGUAAGAUGCACUAUUUCUCCCUAAUUAAUUUUGUAACUAUAGUGGCAUUAAGUAGACUGGCCAUACUCAGAUAUCUCAGGUAUCACUAAAGGAAACCUGUAACAAACUAAUCCUGGGAUAGAGAAAUUGAGGACUAGUUGUUUAGUAGAAGUCACUGGUAAUGUCUGUCCUUUAUUUUCAUUACUGGAAGCCAUCUGAUUGCUGACUUGGCAUCUUUAAAAUGCCAUCUUUCUGCUCAGAUGCUUAUGAGCUUUCUUCUUAUGAUUGUUUUACAGAUGUUCAUGUUUCUACAAAUGUGUGCAUGGCUGCAUUGUUGUCAGGGUUUCUGUCCUGCCCAGUUCCCACAGUUGUUAAGUCCCAAAGAAAUCACGCAGAGAUCUACAUUAGUUAUAAACUGAUUGGACCAUUACCUCAUACUUCUUAACUCUUAAAGUUAUAGCUUAUUAUUAGCCCAUUAUUCUUAUUUGUGUUAGCCAUGAGGCUCAAUACCUUAUUCAGCAGGGCAGUCACAUCUUGCUUCUUCUGUGGUCGGGUCAGGACUGCAGAGGCAUGGACUUCCUCCUUCCCAGAAUUCUCCUGUUCUCAUUGACCUACCUAUACUUCCUGCCUGGCUACUGGCCAAUCAACAUUUAUUUAAAAUAAUAAUUGACAGAAUACAGACCAUUCUCCCACACCACUGUAUUGUGUAAUCUUUCCUAAAAUUUUUCAAAGAAUCAUCUUGUCAUAAUUUUAUUUUACUUUUCAAGUUUUGUGACAAUGUAUAUUUCAUUUGUGGUAAAGUAAUUGUAAUAUUCUUUUGUUCUUUGUCAUGUUGUAAUACUCUUUUGUUCUUUGUCAUGUUGUAAUACUCUUUUGUUCUUUGUAUACUGAUGUUGACAGGUCUUUUACAGACUUGUCAAACCCCUUUUACUUUUUGGGGGUUUUAAAUGGUGGUUGAGUAUAUUGAUAUUGUGUGUGGUUCAACAAAUAAAGUAUACCUGGGGAUCAUAGUGCAGAACUAAGCCAAUAGAGUCCAAGGAGUGUUGGCACACACCUUUAAUCCCAGGAGAUGAAAGACAGAGGCAGAGGGAUCUCUGCUGUAGGAAAAUCCUACAGCCAGUAGCCGUACUGGGGAGUGGACUCUUAUACUAUAAAAGGCAAUGUAAAGCUUGCAAGCGCUGUCUUUUCCAGCUUGGUAUUUGGUUUCUAUUCUCCAUUCCAGCAGACAAUUCUGAUUUGUGACUGUACUCCCAAAUAAAUAACUGUCUAUUAUUCUCAA